AAACCGGUCGCAUCCGGAGCCGCGGCUUCUGCUUCCGGGUGGAACGACCCAGAAACGACAUGGGGAAGAUGGCGGCGGCCUUGGGCUCUGUGGCGACGCUGGCGACAGAGCCGGGAGAGGACGCCUUUCGUAAACUUUUCCGCUUCUACCGGCAGAUUCGGCCCGGGACCGCGGACCUGGGAGGGGUCAUCGACUUCUCGGCGACGCACGCGUGUCGCGGCUCGGGUCCCGGUGCCCACAAGGUGAUCCCAUCGCAGCUGAGUGUGUCAUCAGUCAGUGAACACGAUGCGCGUAAAGCAGGACUGCAGCCAGUGAGCAAGUGGCGCGCAUACGGACUUGAAGGCUAUCCUGGAUUUAUUUUUAUCCCCAACCCCUUCCUCCCAGGUUACCAGUGGCACUGGGUGAAGCAGUGCCUUAAACUGUAUUCCCAGAAACCUAAUGUGUGCAACCUGGACAAACACAUGACUGAAGAAGAGACCCAAGAUGUGUGGGAACAGAGCAAAGCAUCUCUGAGGUGCAAAGAAGUGAAUAAACGGAGACCCCGAAGUUUGCUAGAGAAACUGCGCUGGGUGACCCUGGGCUACCAUUACAACUGGGACAGUAAGAAAUACUCAGCAGAUCAUUACACACCUUUCCCUUCUGACCUGGCUUUCCUCUCAGAGCAAGUGGCCGCGGCCUGUGGCUUUCAGGGCUUCCGAGCUGAGGCAGGCAUCCUGAACUACUACCGCCUGGACUCCACCCUGGGCAUCCACGUGGACAGAUCGGAACUGGAUCACUCCAAACCCCUGCUCUCCUUCAGCUUUGGACAGUCAGCCAUCUUUCUCCUGGGUGGCCGCCAAAGAGAGGAGAUGCCUACAGCCAUGUUUAUGCACAGUGGUGACAUCAUGGUAAUGUCAGGUUUCAGCCGCCUGUUGAACCACGCAGUCCCUCGUGUCCUUCCGCAUCCCGCGGGGGAAGGCCUGCCGCACUGCCUGGAGACGCCUCUCCCCACCGACCUCCCCCGAGAUUCAGUGGUGCAGCCCUGUUCUCUGGAAGACUGGCAGGUGUGUUCCAGCUACUUGAAAACGGCUCGUGUUAACAUGACUGUCCGGCAGGUACUGGCCACAGACCAAGACUUCCCUUUGGAGUCCACGGAGGAGAGAAAAAGAGACAUCCCCAACAAUGGGUGCUGCCGUCUGGGUGAUGAAAAUUGCCAAGUUAAACGGGCACGAUCAGACCCUGACAGCUGAGGCCUGCUCGGCACAUUCUUUCCUGCAAGCAAGCCUUCCAGUAAAUGACCACACCUCUCUCUGUUGCCAGGAGCCUGUCACCAAGACAAGCCCAAAACAAACAGGGAAGGACUCACCAGUCAUCACACUGUUGCCUUGAAAUGCACCCUGAAGCAUAAAGUGGUGAACCACUUUACUCAGGAAGUCGUUGAUACAUCCCAUGUGGGUUAGAUGUCAUCCUCUGCUUCUUGGCCUCCACCAUGACCUUGAGCAAGUGUCUCUGGAAUCUUGAAAUACCUCAGAUUUUACCCACAGGGGAUGCAGUGCCCCUCCGCUUGCUGCCUCUGGGAACCUGGGGGUUCUUGAGGCAGCCUGUGGACUCACCUCAACUCACCCAAUUACCACCGAAAUUUUAAUCUUCCAUCCCCUCUGGCUGUCAUGUUACCACAAAGAAACUAGAAACCAGAUCCCCUGGAAAGGAAAUUAAUCACAGCUGUUUUCCUAGCCUAAAAGAUAAACAUUUGCAAAUCUAUGGAAAAGGAGACCCAGAUCUCCAGACACUCCCUGUUUGCUUUUCAAUGCAAUUUUAGUUGUUGGGCCAAAAAAAGCCCCAAGGGUGUUCUGUUAAUGUUUUCUCCAUAAAUAAACUUAACUUGAUUUUAAAUUAAA